AUGCUCCAGAAGGUUCUACUACGACCCAUGACCAGCGUUCCAUGCGCUACCUGGUUGUAUUCUCCAGUCUUCGAAUUCACUUCCACCACCGACGACAAAGGCGAAUACAAGAAGGGGGACCAGGAUAAUAUCCUCAUCGAGUUCCUGGAGCGCGGACUCAGCAGCGAGAUCGCCAGUCGUCUCUACAACACCGGUGUCCCUCUGCCCAAGGCCUAUGGAGCGUUCAAAGCCUGGUGCAUCAACAUCGAAGCCAAUGCUCUGCGUGACCAGCUACGCAAAGCGUCGUAUGGGCACCCCACACAACGACCACCUCCCCAGUUCCGUCCCCAAACGGCACCAGUGGCGCCCACACCCGCUCCGGCCCGACCCGCCGCCAACGAACCGGUUCCGAUGGAAAUCGAUCGUACCCACGCCCGCGGCCGCAAUAUCAUCUGCUACAACUGUCAGCAGCCUGGGCACAUUGCGCGGAACUGCCCGGAGCCCAAGAAGAAGCGCACGUUCUUCAAUCGGGCCACAAUGCUGGAAGAAAUCGAGAACGGGGACAAGGACAACGAGUUCCUGAAGGAGAUUGCCAAGAAGCUGCGCGAGAAGGGUUUUUGA